UCUACUUUAAAUCAUAGUUGUAUUAUAGUGUUGCGUGGCAAGUACAUUUUGAGCUUGGCAAGUUUUUGGCACAUCCCUCGCAUCCUCGUCAGUCGUCCUUCUUCCUUCGAACAGACGACAGACGCCGCUUUCGCGGUUCAUUUCAGCGCGCACGUCACGCAUUUUCGCACGCGCUUUGACAUGAUUGGAUGCGACUGCAAUUAUAACCGUGACUUGUUCUUCCGCGGUGUCAAAAAAUCCCGAAGGACUGACGCGCGACCACGUCAGUGAUGUCCUGCCUGAGCGCGCUGCGUUGGCAAAUAACGACACUGUUCUCGGUACCUCAGGAGUUGCUGCUUCUGCGACACAAGGUCUUCCGCGAAUACGCCAAGAUCGCGGUCGGACCGGAUUUUAUUCACACAUUUCCCUCAAUCUUGAUUCUGACGGCCGCAAUAGUCAUCCUGUGGAAACAUCCUCCGUCCAAUGGUCGAUUUCUACAUCUUUUAGGCGCAACUUUCGUGUACAGAGCUUUUCAGGUAUCAGUCAGCUGGCUCGCGAUUAAUGCGCUUUUAUGGCUGUGGCUGAUCCUCCAGAGUGUGCUCUACUGCAGCAUCUGGUAUUAUUGGAGUUACGAGUCUGAGCAACGACAGGUUCUGUAUCGCGCCUGGUGGCAACGUCUCUGGUCCUCGUAUUAUCCCGCUCGUGUGCAACCGUCGGUGGUAUCAACUGAAUUUAUCAGUUGGAUUAUCGCAAUGUCGAUAACGACAACCGCACUAGGAUUUGCGGUUUAUAUGGAUCGCGUGGCAUCUAUCAUCAAGAAGAUUCUGAUUAAAGUUCGAGAUGUACUUGUGAUGGCGAUCUGUUAUGUCAAGCAGCCAUGGGAAAGAGCCGAAGCUGAAGAGAUAAUGAUAAAUACCGAGACGAACAUGAUGGAGGACAGCGAGAUCGGUUCAAUUCCCGACGAUACUCCUUCGGAGAUGUCGGUCGAUACGAAUGGUCCGACGUCAGGGGACGUGCAUCAGAUCUCUUACAGGACUAACUGGAUACCGCAGCCAAAUUUCGCCACGUUCAAGGAAGCUCAUCGAAAGAUAUCGAUGAAGUCUUUUCACACGGUAGCAGGCGUAAACGAUAUUCAGGAUUCCGAUAAGAUCGCCGCGAAGCAAGCGCGACACCGACGUGGCUGUCACACCAUGAUACCUAGCAAUUCUAGUGAUCAGUCGAGUGAACAUUGAGGGAAUGAUCUGUCGGUCUCGCUGAAUGUGUCUCUCGAUAAUUGAAUCGUACUUAACGCCGGGCAAAUUUAUUUCGAAUAUAGCUCAUAAAAACUAGAAAAUAUUCGCUUCAAUUCGUGCAAGUAUCGCGCCGUGGCUCGUAUAUCACUAAACUCCAAUAUUUUCUACAUUAAGUUUAUACUAAAUUUCUGACAGAAGUAUUUUGAGAAAUGUAU